AUGGAAGGCUACCCGAUGAAAGAAUGGACCGUGGAGGUCUACAUCCUGGAUGAGGCGGGCAAAGAGAAGCCGGCCCGUUGCUUCCAGAAGGUUGUUUACAACCUUCAUCCUUCGUUUGAGAGCCCAGUACAGACCUUCCACGAACCGCCGUUCAAGUGCACCAACGAAGGCUGGGGUGAAUUCGAGAUGACUAUUGACUGCUACACGACGGAAAAGGGCGGCAAACAGUCUAUCCUCCACGACCUAAACUUUGCCGAACCGACAUACGAAAACAUACAUACUAUCCAGUUCAAAAACCCGUCCCAGGCUCUCCAGGCGAUUCUACGCGAAACCGGCCCCCUACCCACCGACGAAGACCGCAAGGCGCGGAAGGUACAGGAUACGACUACAAAGAAGAAGAAGACAUACGACUUGGAAAAGAUGGCCGAUGUCAUCCCACGACUCAACGAGGAUGAUCUCCUUCACAUUAUCCAGCUGAUCCAUGACAACAAAAACGAUGAUACAUACAUUAUGAACAACCCCGACGCCGGCGAGUUCUCUAUCGACCUGUAUACCAUGCCUGACAACCUGUGUCGGGUAAUGUGGGAGUUCUUGGUACGCAUCACCUGA